GGAAAGACGCCGCUCCUUGGUUCAUGGACUGACGUCAAUCGUGCCAUGCUGGCGCGGGCUGAGACCACAGUGGGGAGUGCUCUGACACUUUUUGGGCAGUCGAGAGGGCUGAACAGGGCCUGCGGCCUGGUGGGCUAUCCCAACGUGGGGAAGUCCUCUCUCUUCAAUGCCUUGGUCGGCUCCACCGUGGCCCAAGCUGAGAACUUCCCGUUCUGCACCAUCGAGCCCAACGUGGUGAAGGUGGGGGUGCCGGAUCCUCGUCUCCACUCCUUGGCGGAGCUCUGCUCCUCCCAACGAGUGGUUCCUGGUCAGUUGGAGGUCCGGGACAUCGCUGGUCUCAUCAAGGGGGCUUCAGCUGGCGCGGGCAUGGGCAAUGCCUUCCUCAGCCAAAUUCGGGGCGUCCAGGUGAUUUUCCACGUGGUCCGGUGCUUCAGCGACCAGCAGGUGGUGCACAUAGAGGAUCCCGUGAACAUCGACCCAGUCAAGGAGUACGAAUCCAUCCUGGAGGAGCUGACGAUCGCCGACCUUGAGUAUGCCUCGAAGCGGCUGCCGGCUCUUCGCAAGAAGGCGUCCAACAGCUCGGAGGUUGCCAAGAUGCUCCCGGUCUACGAGUCCUUGCUGCAGUGUCUGGAGGCUGGCCGAGCGGCCCGGCAUGCCAUGCCCGCUGAUGUGUCCUUGAGCGAUGACUUCGUGUCGCAGCUCAUCACCGCCAAGCCUGUGGUUGUUUUGGCCAACGUCGGUGCCGAAGAUGCGGCCCAGGGCAACGGCUACUCAGCUCGUCUGGCCGAGCGGGUUGCAGCUGAGUCGAAGGAUGCGGCAGCCAACAGCUUCAUUGUGGUCUCAGCCCAGUUGGAAGCGGAGGUGGCCGCGCUGGACGACCAGGACUUUCGGAGAGAAUAUCUCGAGUCCUAUGGCUUGGACACAGACUCCCCCCGGGCCUUGACCCGGGUCUUGGCAGAGAGUCAACAGCUGCUCCGGUUGAUCUCGUACUUGACCGUCGGCGAGCAAGAGGCCCGCGCCUGGUUUGUGCAAAGCGGCUCGAAGGCCAAUGAGGCAGCCGGGGCCAUCCAUUCGGACUUCACCAAGAAUUUCGAGCAGGCGGAGAUCUGGUCCUAUGAUGACUUGGUGAAGCACGGCAGCAAGGCGGCGUGUCGGAAGGCUGGGGUGGUGAAGCAGAAGGGCAAGGACUAUGAGGUCCAAGAUGGCGACGUCAUCGAGUUCAGGAUCAGGAACGCCAGGUCUUGAGUAGCCCUCAGCUUCAGAGCAGCGCCCAAAACCUGUUUCGGCUCCUGGCC